AUGGACGCCGACGCUGCAGGACCCUCUGCUCUUCCGACACCACCUCCUCAGAAAUACACAGUAAAAUCUGGAAAUACUGUGCUUCUGAAGCUGCCGACAGGAGACGUGAAGAGCGUGAAAAUAGACAAGGACUCCUCUGUAUCUCUAGGAAAAUUUGGAUCCUUUCAUGCCAACGAACUUAUUGGACAACCUUAUGGGCUAACCCACGAGAUUGUGAACAAACAGCUAAAAAUUGUUCCUCCCAAAUCCAUUGUGGACAUCGAGGAUACAGAAGCUACGAAUGAGCUCAUCAACGAUGGGCAGUUUGUCCAGCCGUUGACCAGCGUAGAGAUCGAGGCAUUGAAGCAGUCGGGUGCUCAUGCUUCGGACAUCAUAAAAAAGCAGAUAGAAAUGCACGCCAACUACUCCCUGAAGACUGAAUACAGCAAAGAGAAGUACAAGAAACGCAAGGAGGCAAAGUACUCGAAAUCCUUCACAACCAUCGAACCCACCCUCUUCAACGUCUGCGAAUACUGGUACAACAAAGAUCAACCCCGUAUCCGUGACCUCCGCAUCGACACCCUCUCCCAACUCCUAAACCUCGGAAAUAUCAGGCCAGGCGGCCGUUACAUCGUAGUGGACGAUGCAUCCGGGAUGGUCGUGUCGGCCAUUAUUGAACGUCUAGGUGGUAGCGGACGGCUGAUCACUAUUUGUGAUGUCGAUUCGCCACCGGCGUAUCCAGUCAUGACACAGAUGAACUUUCCCAUCGAGGCUGUGGCUCCCGUACUCCUCUCCUUGAACUGGGCAACUGCAGAUGAGGAUUAUGCUCCUGUAAUGGCACCAGUGGAAUCUCCUACUACUCUGAAGUCGGAGAAACACAAACAACGGAUGAAUAAACGCAAGGCUGUUUCAGACGUGUUGAACAACACCCGGGAAGAGCUAUUUGCCGGUGGAUUUGAAGGACUCAUCGUGGUCAGCGAAUAUGAACCCUUCUCGAUAGUGGACAAGCUAGUACCCUACCUAGGAGGCUCUGCUUCAAUAGUCGUCCACAGUCCACAUCUACAGAUCCUCACAGAUCUACAAGCCAAACUUCGGCAGACACCUCGCUAUCUUGCCCCAGGUAUCACAGAGAGCUGGCUGCGACGCUAUCAAGUCCUCCCCGGCAGGACACAUCCAACGAUGGUAACAUCUGGCUCGGGCGGAUAUCUUUUGCACACCACCAAAGUGUAUGUCCUUCAGUCUUCUUUGUCUGUCUAUUCACGCCCAAUCCAUGGAAUAGGCAUGACAACCCCUCGGCCAUGCCUGUAG